AUGGCGGCGCCCUGCGCGGAGAUGGAGCCGGCGGCGCCUCCUCCGUCCCCUCCUCCCGCUCCCGCUCGCUGGUGCGCGCAGGGCCGCAACCUGCGGGGUUCUGUGUGCCAGCGCUGCGGCUCCCGAGUGCUGCUGCCCGGCGCCGCCCACUUCGCCCGCCGUGAGCUCCUCCUGCCCGCCAUGAGAGAGAGGGGCGGCGCGGCGGCGGCGGGAGGCGGCGGGGAUGUGCUGCGGGAGCACUGGCUGGUGCGCGACAUGUUCUCCUUCGAGAACGUGGGGUUCACCCGCGACGUGGGCAACGUGAAGUUCCUGGUGUGCGCCGACUGCGAGGCGGGGCCCAUCGGCUGGCAAUGCCUGGACGAAGACAGCUUCUACGUGGCUCUGGAACGCGUGGCCACGAGUGAGCGCGGCCCCGGCACCGGGCUGGCAAGCUGGGCUCGGCCGCCGGGAGCCCCGACAGCCCUGAGAGCCACAGCCCGGGCUGGGGCCCGGGGCACUGCCGCGCUGGCAGCAGGUGGGGCUGAACGGCCACGCUGGGCAGCCCAGUGUGUGACUGACCACGGCCCGGCUGGGCAGCCCAGUGUCUGA